AUGGCUUCGAAGCUUCUUUUGCUUCUGCUGGUCUUCUCCCUCGGACUCGCCGGGGUCCGGGCGGACUCCGGGAUCGUCGAUGAGGGAGUGGAUCCCCAGGUCCCGGAGGAUCCGUCGCCGCUUAGGCGGGAAUUGGAAAAGCUGAAGUCGAAAAUUGCUUCCCUAGGUCAGUUCGAUCCUGUUUUAUCCAUUCCGGUCCCGUUUCUUUGAUUGUUUAGGGUUUAGGGGACAUUAACGUUUGAACCGCGGUUGCCGUUGCUUCUGAUCGAGAGUUUUUGCCUUCUUUGAUGUUUUUUUAUUUAACGCAGUGAAUAGUAAGUUGUUUCUGGUGGUGUUAUACUUUGGUAAAUUAUUGGAAGAAAGUCAUGGAAUAUAGGCUUAGCUUUAGCUCGUUUGAGAAGCAGAAUGAAAAUCAUGGAUUAUAAAUGCAGGGAAGUUCUUGACGUUUUCUGAUGAUACCUUGGACUUGUAAUGACACCUGGACUGGUCUUUUUCCGGCAUUUUGAAGAGUUUAGCGUUGCCGAAGGAGAAAAGCAAUUGAAGGUUAAGGACGAAUCCAUUUUGCUGUUCGAGAAAAUCAUCAAAGAGAAGACGCAUAGCGUUGCUUCCUUGCAAGAUCAGAUUGAGUCUCUUCAGGUGAUCUUCCUAGACGAUUAUUGUUUCAAGCUCUAUGUUUGUUUAUGAGGCCGCGUGAUUAUAUGGUUCUCAAUCUUCUUCACAAAAAGGGUGCUGCCGAUGCUGCACAGUUACUAGGAAAAGCUCACGCCCGAACUGCUGAGCUUGAGAAGCAGGUCAGUUAAAGAAAGAAUCGCACUGAUGUUCCUACUGAAGUUGGCGUGCUCUUGACAUCAAUUUUCUUUGUAGCUUGAAGAUCUUAGAAGUGAUACACAUGCACAGAACGAGAAGCAAGGUGCUUUGGCAACUAGGGCUAUUGAGGCCGAAAGGAAAGUAGAGGAAUUGAAUUUGAAAUUAGAAAAUGUGAGCGUCUAUUAUUAUGAAAAUUUCCGAAAUAUAUAAGCCAGAUAGCAUAUCUUUAAAUUUAUUUGUGGAUUUCUGCUCCUUCCCUACAAUGUUAGGCUGCAUUUGUAGUUGUUCAGUGACUGUAAUUUUUUCGUUUUAUAAGCCAUAUAUAUUUACUCUCGAUUAGUUUCUAUUAAUUAAAUAUUAGAGCUUAUUGAGUAACAAGUAGCCUUCCGUCGCUGAGGACCUCUUAUUAAUUGCUUAGGCACUGGUUGUGACAGUUCUUAUGAAACAAAUAUUGAUGCAGUACUCCAAAAGCCAUUCCCGAAUUUAGUUUGCUUCUUUUAGAUGAAUGAAUGAAUGACAGAAGUCGAAUGUUGAUUACUAAAAAAAAAUUGUUUGAAUAGCACAUGGGAGAGAAAGAAUGCAAAAGGCCAACUUCAAGUUUUGUGGCACUCACAGUCCUUUUUUUUAAUCUUUUACCAAUUGACCGUUUUUCUGAAAGUUCGUCCUUUGAUAUUUGCAGCUUCAGAGCGCAAAUGAUGAACAAAAAAAGAGAAUUAAAAAAAUCGAACGUGCCUUGAAAGUCGCUGAGGUGCCUUUUUAAUUUAUAAUAAGUCUUAUGUUACAUUUCUUUUUGACAUGUUUUGUCUCUCCUGAGUUCCUUUGUAAAAAAAUGUUAGGAAGAGUUGAUGAAGGUACGGUUGGAAGCGUCAUCAAAGAAAAAAGAGUUGAAUGAGGUGAGAAAGGUUUUGCGUCACUAACUGUUGCUUAUUUUUUUAUUUAUAGUUUUCAACUCUAGUCUGGUGAAAAAUGAUUUCUUGCAGAAUUAUGUUUUAAAAAGUUCUUCUAUUUUUUAUCUCUUAAAGUGAGUUCUCAGUUUUCCUAUAUUUGAUUUAUUCCUUUUUGUAUGUAUAAUGCUCGUUGUUCAAGGCGGUGCUUACUUAUGGUGGGCAUAAGGAACUUUUCAGGGAGCCGAACAGUUUAAAAUCUGACCUAUUUUCGUUGGGGAUUACUCGAUUUAUCUAGUAGAUAAUUCCAAGGUCAAUAGGAUGACUCCUUAGCACGUGAUGCCAUGCUGUAGAGAAAACUUGCGGAUGGUCAAAGCUGUUGUUCAUGCUUGUGCACUUGUCCAUUGUUGCACGAGAUGACGUAUUGUUAGAACCAAAUACUUUUCUUUUUUGUUCUCUUUCUUCUUUACCAUAUUUAAAACUCUCUAGCUCGAUUUACAUCCUGUUACACUGGAGGAGACUAUUUACGUACUGACUUCGUCACUCCUUGUCAGCAUUGGUUUCUCAGUGUAGGCAGCAUUUUGGAGGUUUCUCCACUGUUGAGAUUAAAGAGAGGAAUCACUGAACUGGUAUUUCUGGAUUUUCAUAAAUCUGGGCCUCAUUUCCCAGAAUUUCCAUGGUCUAGAAUCUCCUCUUUUGUCAUUCGUCUGGCUGUUAAACUUACCCAAGGUCUGGUCCAGAUUUCGCUCUGUGAAUCCAUCCUCUGGUUCAUGAGUCGAAGCCUUUCUAAUUCGUUUUUCUACAUACAUUCCAAAAUGAUCUGUGCUCUUGAUGAUGGAUUCUCAUUUAUUUUUCUUUCGUUAAUAAGAAGCGUAUCGUUUGCUGACCAGUAAAUAAGGGUUGUGUCCUAUCGUAUAUUGCGAGUAUGUCAUACUAUCCGUAAAAGCUUAUGAUCUUAUGGUUUGUGAUUGUCAUUUAGUCCUUUACUGGUCGAUUUCAGAAUUCAUCCAUUGGUAUUUGUCAAUACUGCGCAGAUUCAUGGAGCAUGGCUGCCUCCUUGGCUUGCGGAUCAUGUAGUUCAUUAUAGGGUAUGUUCAUAUCUAGACUGUCAGUUGAUAGCACGUGUUAGCAUUUUGAUUUGCCUUGAUCAGUUUCUGUUUCCGCAUUCAGGCUAAGGCAGCGGCUCACUGGAGCAACCAUGGAAAACCUGCUUAUGAUAUAUUUGUUCAGAAGGUGCUUGUCAUCACAAUUUUGUCCUUCUGGGACACAUUACGGAAAUAUCAUUUUGAUGACCUGUUUAAGUCCAGCAUUAUAAGAUACUUUACUCGCUACAGGUGUUGGAAGUAUCGUCUCAGGCCAAAAAGAAGAUUGGGCCCCACGUGGAGACGGCUAAAACUGUGAGUUACAUCAAGUGCAUGUUCGCCUGCCCUUCACUGCAUGUUCAGGCGUUGUCUUUUCAUCCUCGAUAAGAUCUCACCGAUGUGAUCAUCAUCGAAAGUUUCGUUCAUUUUCUGGGUUUAUGCGCUGGAGUUAUUUUCUUGAUCAAGAGCUCCUCUCUGGUCUGAUGGUUGCCUCUUGUUCUGCUAGCGGUCUCCUUUUAUUCACUAAUUAGUGUCUGAUUUUAUUUAUUUAUUGGCGGAUUCUAAUGAUCCAACUGACUUCGCCUUCUCAUUUCUGCAUUGUUUUGUGCAGAAAUGGAUCCCCAUUUUGAAGGAGCGUUGGGUGAUCGUCAGGACCUCUGUCGAACCUUAUGCACGGUCGGCAGCUACCAGAACUGUUGAGCUCUAUGAAACCUCUCUCAAGCCCCAUCUUCUUAAGGCGCAAGAAGCGGCGGACCCUUAUUUGCAGGUAUCUUAUGUGAUUAAAACAUUACCUUUGGCUUGCUUACACGACCCUGAUCGUCAAAUCAGAUACGGGAAGCCUAUUAUCGCCAUUUUUCAUUCAUCUAAUGAAGAAGGCCAUACGGUUGUAGGAUGUGAAGAAGUUCUCCAAGCCUUAUAUUGAUCAAGUUGCGACAAUCACCAGGCCUCAUGUGGAAAAAACACGCAUUUUUUUAAAGCCAUACACAAAGAAAGCUGCCCGUGUUUACCGGAAAUUUCUUAGAUCAGCGACAACAUACCAUCGGCAGGUCUGUCUGCUCUGUUACUCGAUGGAAUGAAUGUAUAUAUCUUAACAUAUUUUGAUGUUUAUGUCAUAUGGCUAUGACUGAAUGUACUAUCGUUAUUAUUAUUAUCAUCAUUAUUAUUAAUCCUCUUCUUUGUGCUCAUAUCCUACACAAAUUUAACUCCCUUUUUUAGUAUUUUAUUUUGAAUAUUCAGAUUGUAAAAUAAAAACGUGCUCAUUAAUUUCCGGGAAGUUAGUUUUUUGAACUGCACUGAAUGGGGUGGUCCAAACCGUUGAGAUAUACAUAUGCUUCCUUUGAUCGCAGAUCCAAACUGUUGUCAAGGAUACUCUUCUGAGACAUGAACUGACGAGAGCUCUUGCGACGGAGGAGCUCGUGUGGUUUGCUGUGUGUAUCCUUCACUAUUGAUGUAUCUACUUCUUCAGCUUUUCCUCCUCUUGUUGACCCAGCGUUUCCUGCAGGCAUCUGCUUCCCUGGUCCUCCCCAUCUUCGUGGCGUUCCAACUCUUGGCGCCAAUCUUCCGGUCAGUAGUAGUUGAUCUCCACGGCAUGCCGGCCUAGUAGGGCCUCCGCGCGUGUGUAUUCAUCUCAUUUCUCCCAGAUGAUCAUUCCGGAUGUUGUCUCUGCCCUCCUCUCCGCAGCAAGAAGCCGAGGAGGAGAGUCCCGAGUCCGCCGGCGAACCAGACCCAUCGCAGGCCCAAGCGUAGCAGACACGCCGAUAAGUAG